GUAUGCACCUAACAUAAACGGGCGAUUUGGUUUUUUUUUUUCAUAGAUGAGCGUCCGUGAGUCGGGAGAAAAAUCUCUCAUAGGGGGAGGACUCGAGCUGAGAGGCGGAUGCUAAGAAGCUAACUCAAUUUUCUUUUUAGUUUUUCUUCAAGAAAAUCUUUGGCUCUCCCGGCUUCCCCAUAUAAACUCCCUUUCUUUUCAAAUUAGAAAUGAAAAUUCCGAACUCCACUUCUCUUCUGUAAUUACUGAUUACUAAUUGCUGGUUGAUUUGUUUGAUUGAACUGGUUGGGGAUGAGACUUUUUAGGAGGCUAGCGGGGUUUCUAGGUCUCGCAAAAGACGAUGCCCACGAAGGCAAAGAUAGUGACGACGACGACUGCGAUGGCAUUGUUGACGGUAGCGGCAACGUCGAUAAUCAGCAGAGUCACAGUCGACCUCAGUUCCAAGAAACCGGACUUCCUCGUAAAGGUUUCAGCGUCCCUGUGCAAGUCGUCGUUGACCGACCUCAACUAGGUCCGGUUCUCAUCCCUUCUAACUCUGGCGAUGGUGGCGUCCAGGGGCUGAAGUGGUAUGCAAAGUGUCUUAGAGUUGAUGAAGAUGGAGAUGUAGCUGAUGAGUUCCUUGAUGAGGUCUUGCCGGCAUCAUCAAAUUUAGAAGACCAGCAUAGAGCACAGUUAAAGUUUGAACCAAAGUACAGUACGAGAGCAGCCAAAGUGAAGAACCAGAUAAUAACUGCGGAUGGGAAAAUUCAGCAGUGUGUGGAACAUCAAGGUAGAUUGCAGUGGGUAUGAGGAUCUCCCCUCUAAAAGCUAUCAUGGAGUAGACCUGCAGUUGGGUUCCUUUUCUUUAGUAAAUUGCAAAAGUAUGUUAGUUCGUUGGAAUUGAUUUGUGCUUGACGUGAACUAUGAUACCUUUACUGAUGUUUUCAAGUUGUUCCUGAGGGAAUUCGCACCGAAUCUUCUAAAUUGUUUGGAAGUUGUAACUGCUAUUCUGGGGACGUAAGAGUAAAAUCUGUCUAAUCAAACAAAUGGUGUUUGUAACAGGGAGAGAUUUCCUCUUUCUUUCGCUCUCUUUUUCAGAAUGUACUCAACUAAUUAGUAAUUAAGACAUUACUCGUUAUGAGUUUGAACCCUU